AUGCCUCGAGUACCCGCCAUUCGUCUGGCACCAACACCAACACCCACCCACCGGGUAGUAAUACCCGGGAGCAAAACUUCUACGAGAUCCUCGAUCUCCCCACCAGCGCCUCAGCAGCCGAAAUCAAAAAGUAACCCCCAACCAACCCACCAGCAAUACCCCAAAUCUAAUCCACAAACCAGACAAUUCUACGCACUUUCCAUGCGCCACCACCCAGACCGGAACCGCACAGAUCCCAAUGCAGGCCAACGCUUUGCCCGAAUCUCCGCAGCCUACAAUGUCCUAGGGAAUGCCUCCAAGCGCGCAGUCUACGACCGCGAUCACGGCUUCCACCAGGUCCAUGCCUCCGCAGCACCAGGCCACUCCCACGCCCACCCAAUGGGCAGCCACAGCAGCUAUGCAGGCUCACGCCCAGCAAGCGGGCUAAGCAAGCGGCGAUCAGCAUUCCACGGGCCACCGCCUAGUUUCUACGAGCAAGGCGGGUAUGGUGGGACAGGGCGAAGGGGGGAUGGAUUUGCAGCAGGGAAAGCAGGGCCGAGUAAAUUUUCUUCUGGGGAGGGGAGGACUGCGGAUCCAGAGGAUUGGGAGGGGUUUAUUAGGCGGAAUCCGUUGAAUCAUUUUAAUGCGCAGGGACAUUUCCGGACUCAGGCGGCGGAGGAUCGGAGGAGGAGGGAUAGGGCUAGGGCUUGGAGGGCUGCUAGUGUUUCUGAUGCGGAGUGGUCGGAGCCGCCUGAGUAUGGGGCUGUUCAUGGGGUGUCUUUUACGAGGUUUUUGUUCUCGUUGGGAUGUUUGGUUGUUGCGGGUGCUUCGGCGGGCUUGUGGCCUUCUGGACGUGAUGAUGGGGGGAAGAGGAAGGGUUAA